CUAUUCGGCCGUAGAAGGAGUGGGACCUGCUAUUCAGCCGUAGAAGAAGACGUGUGUCCGCCGCGGCCCGGUGUACCGGUGUGUUUUCUGUUUGCAUCUCGGGCUUCGCUGUCAGUUAAAGCUUUUACUGGACAUUAAACCGUCCGGACCGGCUGCAGGUGGACAUGGAGCCUCCUGGACUCCUGCUGGAGGACGGGGGUGAGGAGGGCAGGCGGAGGGAGGUGGGCUGCCAGUGGGAGAGUGCUGAGGAAGAGGAGGUGAGGAGGAAGGAGGUGGGCUGUCAGAGCGACCCGGCCGAGAGAAGAGACGCAGGCGUCCAGGUGGACCUGCUGACUCAGCAGAUCAGCUGGAGACACUCAGGUUCGUCUCCAAUGCUGCUGCAGUGCUUCACGGUCAGACCUGAUGGACCAGACGGGGGCGCUCUGCUGCAGCACUGCACCACCAGCCGGACCAGGACCAGAACCAUCCGACCCGCCUUAAAACCCUCAACAAAACCCACCCAGACCAGGACUCGGACCCAGAGGAGACCGCCUCCACAGAGCUCCAACGCCACCAAACGAAGCCGGCGGCGCUGCGAGUCACCUGAUGUCCACCAAGAGGAGGAGGAGGAGCAGGAGAAGGAGGUGUUCGCUGUGGAGGAGGACUCAGGUGAUCCUACCUGGACUCCACCUGAAGGAGAUGUCGAGUCGACUCCCUCGGCUCUCGGAGGCCUGCAGCUGUACUCCGAGUCCCAGCAUGAACCUCUUUCUGCGGUGAAGCUCGAGCCCGACAGCACUGUGUGCGACGUUUGUGGUAAAGUGAUGAAGAACAAAUCGAGCCUGGCCCGGCAUUCCUUCAUCCACACGGGAAAGAAGCCGUUUGCCUGCCACCUCUGCGACCUGCACUUCAAUCGCCGUGACAACCUUCAGCACCAUCUGAACCGGCUGCAUCCCAACGGUGUGGCCAAGCUGGAGAAGCAGCGGGAGGUUCAGGCUUGGCUGUGCGCUGUCUGCGGUAAAACCUUCAGCUGCAGGUCGAGGCUGAAGACGCACGAGGUGAUCCACUCUGGAGUCAAACCGCACCGCUGCGACCUCUGCCCCAAAGCCUACAUGAGGACAAACGACCUCGAGCACCACAAGAAAAUGGUCCACGUCGACGGCGCCGCCGAACCUCAACGGCCGAGCUCGCUGCUCUGCGACUUCUGCGGCAAAGAGUUUAAAUGCAGGUCGCAGCUCGCCAUCCAUUUCCAGACCCACACUGGGGAACGGCCACACCUCUGCGACAUCUGCGGACGCAAGUUCGGAAGGCAGUACCAGCUUAAACGCCACAAGAUCAUGGUUCACGCCAACCAACUGAAUGGCGAGGAGAACCUGCCGCCUGACGUGCUGUUCGCCUGCAGCAUCUGUGGGAAGCGACUGAAGUCUGAAGCGCUGCUCGCCGCUCACUCCCGCAUCCACACGGGCGACAAGCCGCACCGCUGCGGCAUCUGUCUGCACAGCUUCCAGCGCGCCACCUGCCUGAAGCAGCACCAUGUCCGUGUGCACCUGAAGGUCAAAGCCAAUGAUGCGCCACACGCUGCUGCACGCAAGAAGAAUGCCGCAGCAGCGAAGGCAUUCCCCUGUUCCGUUUGCAGCAAAGUCUUCAAAUUCAGAUCUCUGCUGGCGAGUCAUUCUAUGAUCCACAGCGAGAUCCGACCGUUCGCCUGUGACUUCUGCAGCCGCAGCUUCCGACGCCUCAGCCACCUGAAGAGGCACCGCGAGGUCGUCCAUGCUAACGGAGCGCGCCUGCCGCAGAGCUUCAUCUGCCACAUCUGUGGCAAAGACAAGAAGUGCCGCUCGCAGCUUGCCAGACACGUCAUCAUCCACACUGGCGAGCGGCCGUUCGCCUGCGACCUCUGCGGCGCCCGCUUCAACCGCCAUGGCAAUCUGCAGCAGCACAGAACACGCAUGCACGGUGUGGAAAAGCCGUCGGACCAGGAGGCCUCGCCCAUUUUGUUUGACGAUGACUUGACGGCUGCUCUGAUGUACAAGCAGGAGGAGACUGUGGUGUCCGUCGAUGCCACGGCCGAGCAGCUGGACGGCGUGGCAACGGAAGAGAUGGACGCCGAUCAGCAGCUGGACGCCGAUCAGCAGCUGGACGCCGAUCAGCAGAUGGACGCCGUGGCAACGGAAGAGAUGGAAGCCGAUCAGCUGCUGGACGCCGUGGCAACGGAAGAGAUGGACGCCGAUCAGCUGCUGGACGCCACCUGAAAGCAAAUGAUGUGAGCACGCUCAGUGUCCUUCUGCACCUGUAAGCGAUGAUGUCACACGAUCUGCGUGAGUUCUGGACGCUGGUGGAGCCUUCUGGAUGGUUCCGAUAAGACAGAUGAUUGAACGUGGACUGAUCGGUUGGACCUUUGACUGAUCGAUUGGGCCGUGGACUGAUCAGCGUUCCUUCCACUCAGCUGAACCUUUACAACUUCCUGAGCUUUCAGUCGUAUCACAUGGUUUUCUACAGCACAGAUCAAUUAGUUGUUUUAUUGAUGAAGGACGGAAACAGCAGACUGUGGAGUGACUGACUUUUGGCUGAUUGAUCCAUUAAUUAAUCACUUGCUGAUAAAUUGAGAACCGUUUCCAUGGUGACAGGAACUUCUGUGAAAUCCUGUGAAUGUUCCAGUUAAUCAGGUUAACUUAACGGGUGAGUUAUGUUUAUUAAACGGGUUAAUUGGGUUGAAUCUUUGGUUUGAAAUGUGACAGAAGGGAGAAACAUCCAUUAAAGGAACAUAGAAGGACCUUAAA